CAUGACUAUCAAAACCCAUCAAAACAUUCAGAUGGAGCAGACGAUGGCAGACCUACGGUACGUGAAACAAUUCAAUCCUUCCCCACCAUUUCUCCCACACUGAAAUCCCCAAAUUGAUUUCCUCAUAAAAUUUCCAUUAACUUCUAGUUAUUGUUUCACCGAAUGACAAUAAUAAAAUGGAAAGAAUGUGACAUUAUUGCCUGGGGCUGUGAUACCUGUGAUGAAUAACCUCAAAGAAAUGUGGAGAUCAGCGAAUCACCUGGAGAGGCUGUCAUUCCCCCUGGGACUGGUGAAAUCAGCCCGUGAGAUAUUGAGAUGUCAGUUGAGAGGUGUUGGAUCAUCAAGUGACCCUGGACUCCCUGAGGAAUCUCAAGUGGUGAUAUGUGGAGGUGGGGUAAUGGGUGCAGCUGUUGCUUACCAUCUCGCUGUGAUGGGCUGGGGUUCACGAACAAUAAUCUUAGAAAGUGGACGAACGGGCGAGGGAACGACGUGGCAUGCAUCAGGACUGGUGGGUGCCUUCAAGCCGAGUUUAGCACAAGUGAAAUUAACCCAGGACAGUAUUGCCCUGUACAAGGACCUGGAGGAGAAGGGGCUGCCAACUGGCUGGAAACAGUGUGGGAGUCUGUCUCUAGCCCGAACGAGAGACAGGAUGACAGUCUUCAGGAGGAUGAAGGCCCAGUCUGUAUCGAGAGACAUCGAGUGUCACUUGGUGACUCCAGAGGAAGCCCAGGAGCUCUGUCCCCUCAUUCAAGUCGACGACCUGGUGGGUGGAAUAUGGAUUCCAGGGGAUGGUGUAGCGGAUCCCUAUCAAACCUGUUUGACGUUGAUCAAAGAAGCUCAGAGACAGGGGGUGCAAGUAUUCGAGAACUGUCGAAUAACAAGAGUUGAUACCACAGAUGGAAGAGUCGAUGGGGUCCAGACAUCAAAAGGCACCGUCAAAUGCCAGCACUUCGUCAAUUGCGCUGGAUUCUGGGCGAGGAAUGUUGGUAAAUUAAGUCAUCCCCACGUGAAAGUCCCACUGCAUCCAGUAGAGCACUACUAUCUCCACACAAAACCCAUUCCUGGACUGGAAUCGAUGACUCCAGUUGUUCGUGAUCUCGAUGGCUACGUCUAUUUCAGAGAGAACAACGGGAGAAUUCUGGCUGGGGGUUUUGAGCCACUGGCCAAACCCGCCUUCGAGGAUGGAAGAAUACCUGAGACCAUCGCCGAGAGAGUCCUCCCAGAGGACUGGGACCACUUUCAUGUGCUAUUAGAGCAAAUUCUUCACCGGGUACCAGCCCUCGGGGACAUUGAGCUCGAGAGAUUGUGCAAUUGUCCAGAGGCAUUUUCCCCUGAUUGCAAGUGGAUCGUUGGAGAGGCACCGGAAAUUAGAAAUUAUUACGUCGCUGCUGGAAUGAAGACUAUUGGAGUGUCAGCAGCUGGUGGCGUAGGUCGUGCAACAGCUGAACUCAUAAUAAAUGGGUCAACGUCCCUAGAUAUGUACGAGAUUGACGUCUCACGAUUUCUUGGUCUUCACAAUAACAGAAAAUUCCUGAGAGAUCGAGUGAGAGAGGUACCCAGCACUCAUUACGCCCUUCAGUACCCUCACAUGGAGUUCAAGACAGGAAGAAAUUUGCGGAUGUCACCGAUCUACUCGAAGCUCAAGGAAGCGGGUGCUGUUUUUGGUCAGGUGAUGGGGUACGAGAGGCCCUCGUGGUUUCAACUGGAUGAGAACGACGUCGACCCUCUCGAUGGACUGCAAACGUACAAAAUAGCUUCGACCAAUACUUUUGGAAAGCCCUCGUGGUUCGGCCCAGUGGGAAGGGAAUAUGCAGCUUGCAGAGAGACAAUUGGCCUGAGUGAUUACUCUUCCUUCACGAAGAUCGACCUCUGGUCGAAGGGUGAAGAAGUCGUGAAUUUUCUCCAGUACCUGUGCUCCAACGAUGUUGAUGUACCGGUUGGGAGUAUAAUUCAUACUGGAAUGCAGAAUCAUCGGGGAGGAUACGAGAAUGAUUGCAGUUUAGCUAGAAUAUCUCACAAUCACUACAUGAUGAUUGCCCCAACGAUUCAGCAGACUCGCUGCAAACACUGGAUCAGACGACAUCUGCCUGGCGAUGGCUCUGUUGCUUUUUCAGAUGUCACGUCAGCUUACACUGCAAUUUGCAUCAUGGGCCCUGCCACUAGGUCAUUAUUGACUGAACUCACUGAUGACGACCUGAGCCCCAAGAGUUUUCCCUUCUUCACGUUUAAGGAGUUGGAUGUGGGUCUCGCUAAUGGCGUCAGGACGAUGAACCUCACCCACACUGGGGAGUUGGGAUAUGUUCUUUAUAUUCCAAAUGAAUUUGCUCUUCAUAUUUAUACGAGACUUCUCGAAGCCGGUGCUAAAUAUGGAAUAAAUCAUGCUGGGUAUUAUGCAACGAGGGGAUUGAGAGUUGAGAAAUUCUACGCAUUCUGGGGACAGGAUCUUGACACGUUCACGACUCCUCUGGAGUGUGGCAGGUCCUGGCGAGUUAAAUUCGAUAAAGAUAUCGAUUUCAUCGGUCGUGAUGCGCUCCUCAGGCAGAGAGAGCAGGGAGUAACUCGAAAAUACGUACAACUUCUUCUCAAUGAUCAUGAUCCUGAGUUUGACACCUGGUGCUGGGGGGGUGAGCCGAUCUACAGGAAUGGAAAGUACUGUGGUAUGACCACCACCACUGGCUAUGGAUACACCUUCAGAACUCAAGUUUGUCUCGGAUUUGUACAGAAUUUGGAUGACAUUGGGAGAACUCAGGAGGUUACUAACGAGUAUGUACUCUCUGGGGAUUACGAGGUCGACGUGGCUGGAAUAAAAUUUCAUGCCAAAUGCAAUCUUCAUAGCCCCAAUCUACCCACUAAAUUCCCAGACACCGAACGAGACUCUUAUCACGCAACCAGAGAUAAUUUGAAUGCAUGAUUUUUGUCGAGACGAACCCCUCGUGGAAAUUAAAUCAAGAUUCUGUCAUAUUGUAUUUAAUUAUGAAUUACUUGCGCUGAAGCGGCCGGGACGUGGAUGAAAUUCCCCUUUCCAAAAAAAAGUAACCCUUUUUUUUUACCAAGGAUUUUGUGAGGACAUCAUAAAAUGACAGCCAAUGUAUGUGAUACAUUUUUUAAAAACAGAAUUUGACAUUUUUGACGAAAAUCUGACAGAAUCUGAUGAUCUAGUAUUCACGAGGGAUUUUUCACCCUCAAUCUGCCAACAGCUGUCAAUCUCUCAAUCUGCCAUCGACGAAAUUUAGUAAAUUGUGCAGUUUAUUGCAAGUAAAUACAUGAAACUUCCUCCAGAAGUAAUCAAUUAAUCUAUAAGAGAAAAAGAAAAAUAAGAUGAUAUUUUAUCACUAUCAAUGUACACUCUAUUGAACACCAUUCUUUGUUAUUUAUACAUCGCUGUAAUCCAUUAUCUUCGUAGAGAUUAGUAUUGUCAACUAUAAUUUUGUGAUAUUUUGUACCCAAAUAUACUUGCAAUAUAAAAUGCUCCCAUUA